GACCACAGCUGCACCCUCCCUCCCGGUGACGUCAACCCUCUUCCCCUGCGCGUGCGUGGUGCUCCCCAUCUCCUCUCUCCGUGGAGCAGCGCGGAGUAUGCGGGGUCGCAGCUAGGGCAGCACAUUGGCAUUGAGGAGGAUGGAGGCACCUCUGGUGAGCCUGGAGGAGGAGUUUGAGGAGGGACCUGGGGAUGAUGGGGGAACCCCGCAGCGCAGCGUGGACCUGGCACUGGUCGAGCUGGAGAGCUUCUCAGCCGAGAUUAUGAGCUUCAAGUCGAUGGAGGACCUGGUGCAGGAGUUCGACGAGAAGCUCACCGUCUGCUUCCGCAACUAUGAUGCUGCCACUGAGAGCCUGGCCCCCGUGAGGGGGCAUCUUCAGGUGCAGGAAGAGGAGGAGCGCCUCCAGGAUGAGGAGGUCUGGGAUGCUCUCACUGAUGGCUUUUCCCCCCGGGGCUCCCCCCAGCCCUGGCUGCUCCCUGGGGCUGAGGCCCCCGACAGCACCGACCUCCAGCUCUGCAAGAAGGAGGAGGAAGAGGAGGAGGAGCUCACUGAGAGGAGUGAGCAGGACUCGGGCAUCAAUGAGGAGCCACUGCUGACAGCAGAACAGGUGAUUGAGGAGCUGGAGGAGCUGAUGCAGAGUUCACCUGACACGGAGGCUGACCCUGACCCGCCUCAGGAAGAGGAGGAGGAGGAGACAGAGGCUGAUGCUGAGGGUGACAAUGGGGGCUCAGAGCCCUUCCUCCUGCGGGAGCUGCAGGCUUUCUGCCCAACCUUCAACAACAACUGCUCCCACGAAGGGCUGUCCCUCCUGUCCCCGCGGGAGCUGGCGGUGGCAGCGGGGCGUGCGGAGGCGGCCAGCCGGGCGCUGUCGGCAGAGCUGGUGGCCCAGCUGGCACGACGGGACGAGUUGGCCUUCGAGAAGGAGGUGAAGACGGCGUUCAUCGGCGCGCUGCUGGCUGUGCAGGGCGAGCAGCGGGAGCAGCGCGAGGCUGCCCGACGCCGACGCCGCGACCGCGGCUCCGGCACACAGGCGGGGCGGCCCGAGCGUGGGGGACAUCUGCCACGCAAGCGGUUCAGCAUGGAGGGCAUCUCCAGCAUCCUGCACUCCAGCCUGCGCCAGACCUUCGGCCCCACCACCACCGAGAAGCAGUACCUGAACACAGUGAUCCCCUAUGAGAAGAAAGGGUCGCCACCCUCUGUCGAGGACCUGCAGAUGCUCACCAACAUCCUGUUUGCCAUGAAGGAGGGGAAUGAGAAGGUACCCACACUGCUCACUGAUUAUAUCCUCAAAGUCCUCUGCCCAACCUGACGCAGCUCUGCACCUCGCCAUCUCCUCCCCACAAAAACAGGGCCAAACCCAAGGAAAAUGGGUCACCCGUGGCUCCAUCCUCCCCCACCCCACUCCCCCAGCACUCCUUUUUCCCCCAUUUCCUCUCCUCUCCUCCCCCGUUUGCACAGCAAGGAAAUAAAUAAUUUGUUUCAUUAAUU